AUGAAGAUCGUUAGCUUGCUGUUGCUGCUGCUUCCUUGCAGCCAUUCGUUUGUGUUGCCCGGGCGUCAAUCUUCUUUGACGGCUCUUGGAUCUUCCUCAGUAGAGGAUUACGUGACAACCCUGCAUUCUUCAGCUGAGAAAUGGAGGGCUGAGAAGUCGAAGCGUCAGGAAGAAGAACGUGCUCGCUAUGUGAAGGCUUUGAUAAGGUCAGCCAAGAAGUGGGACAAGGAGCGAGCGGAACAACAAGCAAAAGACAUUCAAACUUAUGCGGAGAUUCUCGCUGAUUCAACCAUCAAAUGGAAGUUGGAAGCUCAAGCCAAGAUUGAACAAGACCAGCAAUCCGCUCGAGCCUACGUGAAGACUCUAGAAGAAUCUGCCGUCAAGUGGAAGUUGGAAGCUCAAGCCAAGUACGAACAAAAAAACCAGCAAGCCAUCCAAGCCUACAGGACGACUCUCACGACAUCGGCGACAAGGUGGAAGUUGGAGGCUCAAGAUAAGGUGGAAACUACUAAACCAAGAGGCAUGAAGAAUUUCGAAGCGGCACAGCGAGAAUGGCACAAAACGGUCAAUGAAUUCCACAUUGUCAAGGAAGCUCAUGUUCACGAUAGCUUUCUUCAUGAGGUGGAACACAGCAUUGAUACCGAUCCCUACCUAGCCGCUAUCGUUCACUAG